CGAGGUGGUCUUCGAGACCAUAAUAAUCAACAAAUCCUGAAUAGCCUCGCAAAUCAAAAUCCUGACUCAAUCCUACCGUUGAAGAAGAUCCACCGCCCUCCCAUCUUUCAUGGCUCCCGCUGUCCCCAAAUCCGGCGACGCGAUUUUCGCCAGCGUUGAUCGCGUGAAUGCAGAGCUGUUUACGCUGACUUACGGCGCGAUCGUGCGCCAAUUGCUCGCCGAUCUGGAGGAGGUGGGUGAGGUCAACAAACAGCUCGAUCAAAUGGGAUAUAACAUCGGAGUGCGUCUAGUGGAUGAAUUUCUCGCAAAAUCUAAUGUUUCGAGAUGUGUUGAUUUUAGAGAAACAGCUGAAAUGAUUGCCAAGGUUGGAUUCAAAAUGUUUUUGGGAGUUACUGCAUCGGUCACUAAUUGGGACACAGAGGGGACAACCUGUAGUCUAAUUUUGGAGGAUAAUCCUUUGGUUGAGUUUGUUGAGCUUCCUGAUACUUGCCAAGGUCUUCACUAUUGCAGCAUUUUAAGUGGAGUUGUCAGAGGAGCUCUUGAGAUGGUAUCUAUGAAAACUGAGGUGACAUGGAUUCAUGACAUGCUUAAAGGAGACGAUGUAUUUGAGAUGCAAGUGAAACUUCUGAAGCAAGUUCCUGAGGAAUACCCCUACAAAGAUGAUGAGUAAUUUUUUUCAUUUUCUCUAAGUGUAUGCAGUCCAUUGUCCUUCUCGAUUUUGUUCUUUUUCAUUUGAAUGACGCUACUUCUACUCUGGUGAACAUUUUGUCAACAAUAUCAUGUGGCGGUCACCAAGGACUGAUAACAAGGGAUAACUUUUAUUAGUAUUAUUUUUCUUUAAGUAGUAUCACUGGAUUUUGUGACACUUUUAUUUUUGUAAUGACAAAUUAAUGUUCCCUUAUACAUUCUCUUUUGCUAUUGCCAAAGAAGGUGAUUCUUUAAAAUAUAGCUUCU